AGGGCGUCCGCAGGGUGCGGGGUGACGAGUGGCCCGGGCCCCGCGUUAGGGUUAGGGCGCAGGAUUCGGCUUCCCGGCGGCAGAGGGCGCCUGGCGCCGCGGUCCCGCAGCCCGGAGCCGCCCGCGAGGCGCGAGCAGAGGCGAGGCGGGCGAGCGGCGGCCCCUGCCACGUACCCGGCCGUGCGCGGCGGCGGCAGGAAGAACUCAGGUUACCCUCACUGGAAAUCAGUUGACUGAUAUCAUUGAAGCAGUGGUUCCUGAACUGGAAGAAAAGAGGUCUCCUGCCUGGACAGAGGAUUGUGACCAGCCCUUCCUCCAAGCCCUCUCUGGACGUCUUUUCCCAGCAUCCUCUAACAAAGAUGCGUCAGCUCAAAGGGAAGCCAAAGAAGGAGACAUCCAAGGACAAGAAGGAGCGGAAGCAGGCCAUGCAGGAGGCCCGGCAGCAGAUCACCACAGUGGUGCUGCCUACCCUGGCUGUGGUGGUGCUCCUGAUCGUGGUGUUUGUAUACGUGGCCACGCGCCCCACAGUCACCGAGUGAGAGCACCCCCACUCCAGCUUUCCUCCACAGGGAUGUCCACGAUGCUGAGCUCCGAGCAGGAGUGCCCUGUCUUUUCUGCUCUUUGACUUGAUUAAGAUUUCUCUACUUUUUUGGGGGAGGGAAUAGGGAACAUUUUAUCAGUGAAUGUGCCAUAUACCUGAUGGUCCACUUCAUGUGCCUUUCAGACUUCAGAGCUGUGUGUGUGUGUGGUUGUGAGUGAGUGAGUGUGUGUGUGUUUCUUUUUCUCCUGAACGCAACGCGAUGCAUAGCUGCACCUGGGGAGAGGAGGACUCUCUGGGUGAGGCUGUUGGAAUCAGUGCCACCCUCCCUCCCAUAUUCAAAAACAUGCUUUCCUGUUCCCAUUCACAACUUUCUACGGCGACAGCAUUUCUUCUCUGUGCUUGACGGGAUUUGAAAUAUGUUGACUCAAAGUGAAAUAUUUAUUUUUUGAAUAAAGGAGAUAAUAGUCUUAAA